GGCGGCGGCAGCAGCAGCAGCGGCGGCGGCGGCGGCCGUGGCGGCCUCAGCGGCGGCCUCCCUGCUCCAUAACAACACGCCGCUCAAGGAAGGUGCAAUGGAUGAGCUUCAUAGCCUGGAUCCAAGAAGGCAAGAACUGUUAGAGGCUAGAUUUACUGGAGUUGUGAGUGGCAGUACUGGAAGUACGGGAAGCUGUAGUGUCGGAGCAAAGGCCUCAACAAAUAAUGAGAGUUCUAACCACAGUUUUGGCAGCUUGGGAUCUCUAAGUGAUAAAGAAUCUGAGACUCCUGAGAAAAAACAAUUGGAGUCUUCUAGGGGUAGAAAAAGGAAAGCAGAAAACCAGAGUGAAAGCAGUCAAGGGAAAAGCAUUGGGGCACGUGGACACAAAAUUAGUGACUAUUUUGAGUAUCAAGGUGGAAAUGGGUCUAGUCCAGUAAGAGGAAUGCCUCCUGCAAUUCGUUCUCCUCAAAAUUCACAUUCCGCCCCUUCUUCUGUUCGGCAAAACAGCCCCUCUCCUACGGCAUUGUCUUUUGGGGACCACCCUGUUACGCAACCCAAACAGUUAUCAUUUAAAAUUACUCAGACUGAUCUCACGAUGUUGAAAUUAACUGCACUUGAAAGUAAUAAAAAUCAAGACUUGGAAAAAAAAGAAGGUCGUAUAGAUGAUUUGCUCAGGGCUAAUUGUGAUCUACGACGGCAAAUAGAUGAACAACAAAAGCUACUUGAAAAAUACAAAGAAAGAUUAAAUAAGUGCAUUUCAAUGAGCAAGAAACUUUUAAUUGAAAAAAGCACACAAGAAAAGCUGGCAAGCAGAGAAAAAAGUAUGCAAGACAGAUUACGCCUUGGGCAUUUUACAACUGUUCGACAUGGUGCUUCGUUUACUGAACAGUGGACAGAUGGCUUCGCAUUUCAGAAUCUUGUAAAGCAACAGGAGUGGGUAAACCAACAAAGAGAAGAUAUUGAAAGACAAAGAAAACUUCUGGCAAAACGGAAACCUCCAUCUACAAAUAAUUCUCAAGCACCUUCUGCCAAUUCAGAACCUAAACAGAGGAAAAACAAAGCUGUCAAUGGAGCAGAAAACGAUCCAUUUGUUAGGCCCAAUUUACCACAACUGCUAACGCUAGCAGAAUAUCAUGAACAAGAAGAAAUUUUCAAGCUUAGAUUAGGACAUCUCAAAAAGGAAGAAGCUGAAAUACAAGCAGAACUUGAACGUUUGGAAAGAGUUAGAAAUCUUCAUAUACGAGAACUCAAAAGAAUAAACAAUGAAGAUAAUUCUCAGUUCAAAGACCAUCCAACAUUAAAUGAGAGAUAUUUGUUACUUCAUUUACUUGGCCGAGGUGGAUUUAGUGAAGUAUAUAAGGCGUUUGAUCUUUAUGAGCAAAGAUAUGCUGCUGUGAAGAUACAUCAACUUAACAAAAGCUGGAGAGAUGAGAAAAAGGAAAACUACCACAAGCAUGCCUGCAGAGAGUACAGAAUACACAAAGAGUUGGAUCAUCCAAGGAUAGUAAAACUUUAUGACUACUUCUCCUUGGAUACAGAUACGUUUUGUACAGUAUUAGAAUAUUGUGAAGGCAAUGAUUUGGAUUUCUAUCUCAAACAACAUAAACUAAUGACAGAGAAAGAAGCCAGGUCCAUUGUAAUGCAAAUAGUAAAUGCACUGCGAUAUCUCAAUGAAAUUAAACCACCCAUUAUACAUUAUGAUCUUAAACCAGGAAACAUCCUUUUGGUUGAUGGAACAGCAUGUGGAGAAAUAAAAAUCACAGAUUUUGGCUUGUCUAAAAUAAUGGAUGAUGAUAGCUAUGGUGUUGAUGGAAUGGACCUAACUUCACAAGGAGCUGGGACUUACUGGUAUUUGCCUCCAGAGUGCUUUGUCGUAGGAAAAGAACCACCAAAGAUUUCUAACAAGGUGGAUGUGUGGUCAGUUGGAGUAAUCUUUUUCCAGUGUCUAUAUGGCCGAAAGCCAUUUGGCCAUAACCAGUCACAACAAGAUAUACUUCAAGAAAACACAAUAUUAAAAGCCACUGAAGUACAAUUCCCAGUAAAGCCUGUUGUGAGCAAUGAAGCCAAGGCCUUUAUCAGGCGUUGCUUGGCAUACCGUAAGGAGGAUCGGUUUGAUGUCCAUCAGCUGGCUAAUGAUGCUUACCUACUUCCACACAUGAGAAGAUCAAACUCUUCAGGAAACUUGCAUAUGACUGGACUGGCAGCCUCUCCCACACCGCCUAUAUCAAGCAUUAUUCCUUACUAAAGCAUCUUCACAAAGAAGGUUUGCAUGGCACCUUCAUGUAAUUUUGCUGCAGUGGACUUUCAUUUGAAAGCAUUCUGUUAGCGUUGUUUACACAGCAGGACAAAUUUAACGAUGGUGUCUUCAUACUGUGGCCCUUCAAAGAAAAGUCAUUUCUGUGAUAAGACUGGAUCAUGAUCUGAGAAGGGUACAUUUGUUUCAGAUGUUCACAUUGAAAACUUUGAAGGACAGCAUUGCCUGUUGCCUCCAAACCAGAUGUACUGUGUUAUUAAGACUGAAGAAAAUAUGUGUUUGGACUUCUAGGGAGGGAAUACUGUAAAUAAUCUUUUUACUUUAAAAAAAACUUUUGGUUGAUACUGGAGAGUUCUAAUAAAGAGGGGUAGUUUUCAUUAUUUCAAUAAAGAAGAAAACAGAGCACAGAACAACAACUCAGUGCCUGGACAAAAUAAAGAAAAAGUGAAAUAAAAGAAACUUUCUUCCCAAGAAGUCAACGUUUCAAAAACCAAAGUAAAGUUGAAUGACACAGCUUUGUUUAUUAAUUUCUAUGGAUAGAAGGGAUUUAACAUUGGGGGGUGGGGGUGGGGCUGGUGAGAAGUUUUUAAAAAUGUGUUUGUUGAUUGAAUGACUGUAUUUUCAAAGGGAUAAAAAUAGUUCCAGUGAGGGAGCAAAAUCUAGUUUGAAACUAGUUCAAUUAUUUAAGUGGCAUUUUGAUACUUAGCAGAGUUGUCAACUGAUAUCUGCUGCCCAGGCUUUUUGUGGAGGAUUUACAAGGCCAUGUAUGUAACCAAAAGCAAAUUGGUCAUGUUUAAUGUUUCUAUGCAGGAUAAUGACAAAUUCCCUUCUAACUUUAUUGUAAAUGUAUUGUACAGAUGUCAUAUUUUCAGUUUAAAAAAUUCAGCAACUUAUUUCUGUACAAAUGUUUAAAAGUAUGGCUUUUUCUAAUUGGAUAUUGUAUUUUUUUUAAGUCUCAUUGAAGGCGCUUUUAAUUGCUGCUAAAUGAUGUUGCUUUUGCUUUUGCAAAAAAAACAAAACAAAAAAAUCAAAACAACCUCCUUAAGGUGCAAGUCAGCUGAACGUCCUAGAGAGACUGAAAGUAGAUAAUUCAUUCACAAUCAAGGCAUGUCAAACCGACCUGUGUUGGAACUAUACAGUACCAUUCAAGUCAGUUUCCUGAACUGGAGCACGUGGAUACUAGAUGUAGAAGUUGUUUAUGGUUAUUCUCGGUUUCUGGAAGUACUGUCUACAAGGUGGGAAGAUGUUCCUCUAAAGAGAUGUCUCUUGUGGCUUGUACAGAUAUUUUAAAAUGUGAAACAUUUUCUAACUGCCUUGUAUGGUAGGGUUUUUUUUUU